UACUAGUGUUGCAAAGCUGAAAUUUCGACUGGUCGUGUGCUCUGUGCUUAGUGCUGGGAAAAUCCAUCCACGCGAUGGCCAAUAAAAAGUUCUUGUUUCGCUGGAACGACCACCAGCACUCGCAGAUCGGAAUGUUCGAGAGUCUGCGGGUGACCGAGACCCUGGUCGACUGCUCGCUCGCCGCCGAGGGCAAGUCCCUGAAGGCCCACAAGGUGGUUCUGUCCGCCUGCAGUCCCUACUUUGCCGCCCUGAUCCGCGGGCAGGACGACAAGCAUCCGAUCUUCGUGCUGAAGGACGUGAAGUACCAGGAGCUCCGCGACCUAAUGGACUACAUGUACCGCGGCGAGGUCAACGUCUCGCUGGACCAGCUGGACGCGUUUCUCAAGGCGGCAGAAUCGCUGCAGAUCAGGGGCCUGUGCGAGCCGCAGUUCACGGUUCUGCCAGAGAUGGGAAAGCGCGCUCGCCGGGACUCCUCCGGAUCGGGCGGGGAUUUGUCUAAGGUCGAAAAACGCAGCACGGAGAAGGGUGCCCGCGAGAGCUCCGAAGCCAUCAUCAAGGUGAAGGUGCAGCCGCAGAGCCCAGGCGCCGGCCCCGGAGAAGCCGCUGGAGCCGUGCCACUGGCAGGCGAUCCCACGGACCACAGCGCCGGCUCAGAAACGAGCAACAGCAGCGGUCUGAGUGGCGAAGCAGUCUACGAGUGCCGUCAGUGUGGCAAGAAGUAUCGCCGUCUGCUCUGUCUGAGGCGCCACGAGAAUACCGAGUGCGGUGACUAGGAGCCGGCCCAUCAGUGCCCCUAUUGUGUGCACAAGUCGAGGCAGAUGGGCAACCUGCGGCUGCACAUAUUGCGGCAUCACCCCACCCUGCCCCAGCUGCCCCGGCAGCGACGCAGCAAGAAUUGCCCCUAAAGUAGAGCGAAAUGUGGUUUCACUGUAUCUUUUUUUU